CGCCUAACAACAGAACUCUCCCUCCUAACCACAAUCUACCCCUCCCAAAUCCACCACAACCCCCAAACAAACGACCUAAAAUACACCCAAGGCCCCGCAACCCUGCACCUCCGCCUCCCCAGCACCUACCCCACCACCCUCCCCGACUUGAUAACCGCCACCUCGCUGCUUAAAACCGACAUCCGCGCGCUAGUAACGCAGCAAUUCCACGCCGUGCGCCUCAGCAUAGUCCCCGGGGAGGAAGCCCUCGAUAUCCUGAUCACUGCGUUUCGGGAUGUGCUUGCUCGUGCGGAAAGCACGGCGGAUGGAGAGAAAGAGAUAGAGAUAGAAGCCCCAACGCAAGGAAACGCGGAGAGCAAGACGGUGAUAAUCUGGCUGCACCACCUGCUCAACACAAAUAAACGCAAACUCGCCCUCGGCGCACCAUCCCCCAUCUCCGGGCUCGCGAAACCGGGGUAUCCGGGCGUUAUUUUGUAUACUGGGCCUGUCGGGGCGGUGGAUGAGCAUGUUGGGUUGCUGAGGAGGCAGAAUUGGCAGGCGUUUCAGGUUAGGUAUGAGGAGGGGGAGGUGUGGGAGAUGGGUGGUGGGGGAGGGGUGAGGGAGGUGGAGAGUAUGAGUGAGGCGGUGAGGGUUGUGGGGGAGGGGAGGAAGGAGGAGUUUCUUAGGGCCGUGGGGAUUAAGUAG